AUGCCUGAUUGCUCUCUGCCUAGUUUGGUUUUUGAAUACGCCUUCAAGAUGGCUAUCUCAGUGCUGACUAUCGCCUGCCCUUGCUCCCUCGGCUUGGCGACACCUACUGCUGUGAUGGUUGGUACUGGCAUCGGCGCACUCAAUGGCAUUCUCAUCAAGGGCGGCCAGCCCCUCGAGAAUAUGAGGAAGGUAUGA